AUGAUUUUAAGUAGAUAGAGAAUAGAGUAAUCAUUUAAAUUGUUUGAUUUGGAUGGCAAUGGAUUGAUUACUAAACAAGAACUUAAUGAAUUAUUUGAUGAAGAAAUAGAUGAAGAAAUGUGGUAGGAAAUUUUAGAUCAAUGUGAUACUGAUAAUGAUGGAAUGGUAAAAUAUAUAAUAUAUAAUUAGAUUAAUCUUAAUGAAUUUAUCAAUUUGCUUGAGAAUAAAAUUUCCAAAAAUCCUUUAUUUAAAUCAUGA